AAAAAUGAAAUCUUGUGUGGGAUAUUUUCUUUUUUGAACUAUUAUGUAGCAGCUUUUGUCGAGACGAAGGGGUUCACAUUUGCACCCGCAGCAGCAGCCGGGUGCUUCCUCCCUCCUCCAUCGCAGUCUGCACUAGCACCGUACAAACUAUUCAGCGCAUACCCAGAAGGCUCGCCAGGCCAGAAAAAAACUUAUUAACCUGCUCGAACAGCGUUGCUGCUUUGUUCAAUCUUUCUUCGUUCAAUAAACCAAAAGCAGAAAACUUCAUCGUCUGAUUCUUCCUGCAGGUUCCUGGGUUCAUCUCCAAUUCUGAAACCCAGCUUCAAUCUUGAAAAUUGAGGAGAGAACAAAAAAAUGCACUCAAAAUUCACAAUCACUCACCACGGACUAUCCCCUGCGGCACCCUGUUUUAUGGUCCCUGACUAUUAUCGAGUUCUCUGCAAGUUUGAAAUUUCUGCAAGAAGUACUGCUCAUCACGGUGUUAGAUUCAAGCUUGUGGCCCAAUCUCCGGAUGAUAGAUGGAAGUUAAAUGAUGCUAAUGUGGUACAAGGAAGAGUAAAUUCAUGGCUUCUGAAGACCCAAAACUUUCUGAAUGAAGUCACUUCUCCACUGGUAAAAAGUGGUCAUGUUAGAAAUCCUGAUCCUGGAAAGGCUUUGGAUGUUCAAGAUAUGGACGAUGUAUUUGUGGCGGAACAAACUAUUGACAGCAGAACACCAAAUGGAAAUCUUUCUUUAGCUGCCAUUGUUUCUAUUGAACAAUUCAGCAGGAUGAAUGGAUUGACUGGGCAAAAGAUGCAAAAAAUUUUUGCAGCUCUUGUACCUGAAUCUGUAUGUAAUGAUGCACGGAAUUUGGUGGAGUACUGCUGCUUUAGGUUCUUGUCAAGGGAUAAUUCAGAUAUUCAUCCUUCCCUCAAGGAUCCUGCGUUCCAGAGACUGAUUUUUAUAACUAUGCUUGCAUGGGAGAACCCUUACGCUGAAGAAAAUGAUUCAUACGCUGAUAUUUCCAAAAAUGGUUCUUUCCAGGGGAGGCUUGUGAGAGAAAAGGCUUUUGUUCGUAUUGCUCCUGCUAUUGCUGGUUUGUCUGAUCGAUCAACAGCACAUAACCUAUUCAAGGCUCUUUCUGGUGAUGAAGGGGGCAUCUCUUUAAGCUUGUUCUCUGUAUUCAUUGAUGAAUUUCUUAAAGUAAUUGAAGGGAGGAAAUCAUAUCAUAUUCGAGAAUGUCCCGAUAUUUCUGGGGAGAGAAUCUUAUGCAUUGGUUCUAGUAGGAAGCAACCUGUCCUAAAAUGGAAGAAUAACAUGGCAUGGCCAGGAAAGCUUACUCUGACUAAUGAAGCACUCUACUUUGAGGCUAUUGAAUUCAUGGGACAAAAAGGUUCUGGAAGAUUAGAUCUCACGAGACAUGGUUCACUGGUGGAGAAAACAAGAGUUGGGCCUUUUGGAUCUGCUCUUUUUGAUUCUGCUGUCUCAGUUUCUUCUGCUCCUGAGUCUGAAACAUGGGUACUGGAAUUUGUAGACUUCAAGGGUGAAAUGAGGCGGGACAUCUGGCAUGCAUUUAUUUGUGAAGUUAUUGCCUUACACAAGUUCAUAGAUGAGUAUGGGCCUGGGGAUGAUGGUCAGUCAAUAUCUCAUGUAUAUGGUGCAGAAAAAGGGAAAGAAAGAGCAACUAUUGGUGCCAUUAACAGUAUUGCUCGACUUCAGGCCAUUCAUUUCAUUCGGAACUCAUUGGAUGAUCCCACUAAGCUUGUUCAGUUUUCAUAUUUGCAACAUGCACCCUUUGGUGAUGUUGUUUGCCAAACCCUUGCUGUAAAUUAUUGGGGUGGACAGCUAGUCACAAAAUUUGCAGAGGCCGGAAACCAACCAGCUCAAGGAUCAAAACCUUCUGAAGUGGAAUCAGAAAUUAAUAAUCAUGUGUUUGAUGUAGAUGGGAGUGUUUACCUGCAGAAUUGGAUGAAAUCUCCCUCUUGGUCUUCUACUUCUUCCAUAAUGUUCUGGAAAAGCGCCUAUGUCCGACAAGGAUUGGUACUAAGUAAAAAUCUUGUUGUUGCUGAUCUGACUCUUGUAGAAAAGGCUGCAGCAACAUGCAAACAUAAAUUCCAGGUUGCUGAGAACACUCAAGCAACAAUUGAUGCUGCAAUGAUCAAAGGGAUACCCAGUAACAUUGAUCUCUUCAAGGAACUUGUGCUUCCUCUGACAAUUGUUGCCAAGAACUUUGAUAAGCUUAGGUGCUGGGAGGAACCACAUUUGACUAUCUCUUUUCUUGCAUUCACAUAUGCAAUUAUUUUCAGGAAUUUGCUGUCAUAUAUAAUUCCAACAUCAUUGAUGAUAUUGGCAUCCAGCAUGCUACUGCUGAAGGGGCUCAAGGAGCAAGGCCGCUUAGGACGAUCUUUUGGUAAAGUAACAAUUUCUGAUCAGCCACCAACUAACACAAUUCAAAAGAUAAUAGCAGUAAAGGAAGCGAUGGAUUAUGUGGAAAACUUUCUCCAGAAUAUGAAUGUUAUGCUUCUGAAGAUACGCACAAUUGUUCUUUCGGGUCAGCCUCAGAUUACUACCGAGGUUGCACUUGUGCUUCUAGUUUCAGCCACCAUUCUCCUCAUUGUCCCCUUCAAAUAUGUUCUUGCAUUUCUUCUAUUUGAUAUAUUCACGAGGGAGCUCAAUUUUCGAAGAGAAAUGGUUAGGAAGUUCAUGAGAUUUAUAAAGGAACGUUGGGACACUGUGCCUGCUGCCCCUGUUGUUGUGUUACCAUUUAAAAGUGCGGGGACUGGCUCAGCAAGUAUGAGAGGGGGAACCAGGAAUGAAAGAAACAAAUCAGAAGGAACUGGGGAGCAGCGGUAAGUCUAGAUGAACUUUGACACGCACAUUUUCAAUGGCAGCGUUGUACUGGAAAGCAAUGGGGAUCAAUCACUCUGGCUUCUUGUACAUAGACUAGAGUUCAUAAUAUAUAAUUGUGUAGCCACAUUAUGGAAGAUGUUGUAGUUGGUAAUUCAUGCAUAUAAAAGACUUCAUCCUGCACCAUGUGAGCUUACGUGAAAUAAAAGCUCGAAAAUUUUCUA